AAACUGCAGUGUCGUAGAAUCCUAUGCAUUCCGCUCUUCUCAUGGUGAUUCCCCUCGUGAUCGCACCAAUUUGCAUCCUGAGUUCGCUUGCGGUUUCACACGUCUAGAAAGACCUUCUUUCCGUUCUGUGUGAGAAAUAAGCUGGUAUGCUUUCCACACUCCGCUUUGCAAGUGAUUCGAGCAGAUGUGUGUGUUGCUUCGCUUAAUGCUCGAGUGAAUGGGAUGAUCGUAUAGCACCUGCCUGAUCAUUCAGGUGUAGGGAGUCCUGAUGUGUUUUAUCCUUUCACAUUGUCCGAAGCUAAUUAAAACGUUACAUGCCACAUCAAUUGGAAGUAGUAAGUAUAUCAAACAUUGUGCACAGAGUAGCAGACUUUUAUCAGUCAUGGACAAGAAUGGGGGACCAGUUCAAAACUAUGAUUUCUUUCUGGUGCUGGACUUUGAAGCCACCUGUGAGUCGUCCGUGAGGAUAUCGCCUCAGGAGGUGAUAGAAUUCCCCUGCUUGAAAGUAAAUGCAAAGACUUUCAAGAUUGAAUCGGAGUUUCACCAUUACGUUCGACCAGUGCACCAUCCAACGCUGACGUCAUUUUGCACUGAGCUAACAGGCAUAAUCCAGGAGACGGUGGACGAGUCCGAGCCGUUCCCGGCCGUGCUGGCCCGGUUCGAGGCGUGGCACGCGGCCGAGUUGCCGGCCGACAGCCGCGCGCUCUUCCUCACCUACGGUGACUGGGACCUGAAGACCAUGCUGCCGAACCAGUGUCGACUCAGCGGCGUACCGCUCCCACCCUUCAUGCGCUCCUGGGGCAACGUGAAGCACCUGUGUGCUGACGUCAGGGGCAGCUGGCCGCGCGGCAUGGACAGGCUGAUGAAGGAGCUGGGCUUGCCACUGAUCGGCCGCCACCACAGCGGCAUCGACGACUGCCGCAACAUCGCGCGCAUCGUCGAGCUCAUGUGCCGCCGCGGCGCCGUCGUCAGCGAGACGGGCAGCCUCGGCUCGGAGAGUGGUGCCCGUAACCACUGAGGAGACGAGCCCGGGGCCGACCAUGCCGACAGGCCCCACCGCAGGCGAUCACUCCGCGGACCGGCUCUGGAGUUAACAGCCCCCGCCUUACCGUACCGCAGAUGCCAUGUUAGUCACUCAGACGCAUCGCCAAGUGCCUUUCCGCCGCGCCGUGUGUCCAUGGUUGCAGAUUGCUAUUGUGUGCUUAAUUGCAAGCGUCGUGUUUUCACACGCCAUCUAGCGUAGUUAUAUUCUGCUGUGUGCGCUAUGAUACAACGUGUAUAACCUCUCAACUAAACGACUCGUUGAUUUGUUUUCCUGUGGAGCACACUUCACUUCACAACACUUCAAGACGCGGCUGUUGGGCCGACGCUAAACACAUCAUGGGUCACGUCACAUGUCACGUUUUUGAAUUGUUUAUCUUGGUAUGUAAUGGAUGUCGAAAAGAUGGUGAGCUAUCAUAUGCUUUGCGUGGUUGGUGAUGAUAAUUAUACAUAUAUUAUCCAU